GGAGGAUGAGCCGUGGGACCGCCCCACUCUCCCACAGAUAUAAAUAGGAGGUGGAUUUUUUUACUCCACUCAUUUCUCCUGAAGGAUGAGAUCCCUGAAACACCUCAAACAUCACUCCAGGAACAAUGUGGAGGAGGAGAGUAACCGCUUGGUGCGGACCUUCCCCAAGAUGACUGAGGGCCAAGUAGAUGUGGGCACGCAGACGGAGCCGGUGGUGGUGCUAUCUCUAGCUCAGGCUGCCGUUCUCGGCCUCAUCUCCCAGAAUGAAAUCUUCGGGGCCACCAUUGCCCCUAAUGGCUUCUACACGGGGGAGCCCAGAGAGUGCCCCCCUCCUCCGCCUGAGGCGAUGGAGUAUGAGUACGCUGACCAGUUAAUAGGGGCCAACGGGGACUACCUGGCUGAGCCUGCAGGGGAGCCAGAGCCGCAGCCUCACUGCAGCGAGAGAAGACGGCCCGGGCCUCGUGGGAGGACCAAGAGGCCCAGGAUUGAUGGAGAAUUACAGGGUCACCCACAUAAAGUAUCAAGUCCACAUGCUCAGGUUAAAGGUGAACAGCUUGAGUCCGAUAUCCCUCCUUCCUGCAUUCACAUGGACAGCAGGCGUAGUCCUGGCAAGUCGGAGGAUCCAGUCACCCAACACGGUUCUCUGAAAGAGGAGCAGGCCUGCGGAAACUGUCCGUCAUGUGUGAGAGAAACUUCAAGGCCGCAAAAAAAUGGACAAGCAGAACAGGAACAAGAGGAAAACAUUGGCAGAGGAAGAGAGAGGAAGGAAGAGGAGUUGGUGGUGGAGGAAGAAGAAGAGGAAGAGGCACUAAACCUCAAGACCAGUGGAGAGACUGGCAGUCCACUGGAGAGCCGCUAUUAUGAGUCCAAUGAGGUGGCCUAUGAGUCUGCCGACAUGGCGCUGCCGGGGGAGUACGAGGAGAACAACCAGGCCAUGCUGUGGUCAGACCCAGAGGGCCUCGCGAGGCGGAUGCAGAUCGACCGUCUGGACAUCAACGUACAGAUCGACGAGUCGUACUGCGUAGAUGUGGGAGAGGGUCUGAAACGCUGGAAGUGCCGCAUGUGUGAGAAGUCUUACACGUCCAAAUACAACCUCGUCACUCAUAUUCUAGGCCACAAUGGAAUUAAACCCCAUGAAUGUCUACACUGUGGAAAGCUCUUUAAGCAGCCGAGCCACCUCCAGACUCAUCUGCUCACGCACCAGGGAACCAGACCUCACAAGUGCACCGUUUGUGAAAAGGCCUUCACGCAGACCAGCCACCUGAAGAGGCACAUGCUGCAGCAUUCGGACGUCAAGCCCUACAGCUGCCGCUUCUGUGGCCGUGGCUUCGCCUACCCAAGCGAGCUGAGGACCCAUGAGAACAAGCACGAGAACGGUCAGUGCCACGUCUGCACCCAGUGUGGUCUGGAGUUCCCAACGUACGCUCACCUGAAGCGCCACCUGACCAGCCACCAGGGCCCGACCACAUACCAGUGCACAGAGUGCCACAAGUCCUUCGCUUACCGCAGCCAGCUGCAGAACCACCUGAUGAAACACCAGAACGUACGGCCCUACGUUUGCCCCGAGUGCGGCAUGGAGUUCGUCCAGAUCCACCACCUCCGACAGCAUGCCCUGACUCACAAGGGCAUGAAAGAAUUCAAGUGUGACGUCUGCGCCAGAGAGUUCACCUUGUCUGCCAACCUGAAGAGACACAUGUUGAUCCACGCCAGUGUGAGGCCCUUCCAGUGCCACGUCUGUUUCAAGACCUUCGUCCAGAAGCAGACGCUCAAGACUCACAUGAUCGUCCACCUGCCGGUCAAGCCUUUCAAAUGCAAGGUGUGCGGGAAGUCGUUCAACAGAAUGUACAACCUCCUCGGCCACAUGCACCUCCACGCCGGCAGCAAGCCCUUCAAGUGCCCUUACUGCACCAGCAAGUUCAACCUGAAGGGCAACCUCAGCCGGCACAUGAAGGUCAAACACGGCAUCAUGGACACCUCAAUAGACGGACAAGAGCCCCCCCCGGACACGGAAGGCCAGGAGGACUACGAGGAGGAGAGCUUUGAAUUCAGCGAGCGAGAAAACCGGGCUAAUAACAACAACACGCCAGACAUUGCUAAACUCACUCAAAUGGAGUAUUAUAGCACCUAUGGGAAGGGCACGGGGCGCUUCAGCACCGCGUGAAUCUUUAAAAUGACCCCAAAUUGAAAAUAAGUGAACUAAUGAAAACGGGAUAUUCUUUUUUUUUUUCCCUUUUGUUUUGUUUUGUUCUUUUGCUGUUACAGGCAUAGUGCUCGGGUCACUCUUCAAGGGUGAGAAGGAACCCGGCAAACUGCACACUCAUAUGCACUGGAAUCACUCGUAAUACUACAAAAUUUGGAAAUGUAUACUUUUUACCUUAUUAAAUAUUUUUCAUCUCUAAGUCACAGCACAUCUACUGAGUAAAUAUAUUAUAUUUGAGAAAAAAAAUGGACUGACGUUUAGGGGAAAAAAAAGAGAUCUAUAUAAAUAGGUAUAUCGUCAGCUGCUUAACUACAGGAAUAUCAUCUGAGCCCGAUUUACAAAGCACAUUUUUAAGCUACAAGCGUAAAAAAACAUAUGGUGAUGUUAUACUGCACUUACUCAUUCAGACAAUCCCGGUCUCUCUCAGUCUGCUGGGGCACUCUAAUGUGAAGGGUUUAAAGAAGGGAACAAGUGUUACUGUUCAUUUCCACUUGCCAAAGCUUAUCAAAUUGCAGAGGUUUUAAUGAUUCACUCUGAUUUAUACUGUGAUGAAUUACAUUUGAGGUCUGCAAAAUAAGUUAAAUUCCUUGUUUUAUUGUAUAUUAUUGUACAGAAUGCAUCAGUCCUCUCGUCUGUCGGCUGGUACCGUGAUCAGUGCGUCGCACUGAGGACCACUGUGUCCACUUCUUAGGAUUCUGCAUUAACAAGCAUCACCCUGUGUUGAUCUCUAGUCUAUGAAUGUAAUUGUUUCCGUGGAAUGUUUUACAACGCUAAUGAAAGAAAAUCAUAAUAAUGGUAGGACCCCCUUUACCAAAGAAUUGGAUCAAACCUUGCAGCCAACAGGCACUGUAAGUCUCUUUUCCUUGCCGGAAAAGGGACAUUGGAUUUCUUGGGGUCCAAUCGCAGACCUCAUGAAAUUACAUUCAGGUUCCCCUCCCACCCAUCUGUAGAUCUCUUCAAAAGAUUACCACAGAGAACAGACUGUGGUACAGCUUCUCUCUUAAACCUCACCAUUCCCCCCUUCCAUCCAAUCCAGGCCUUCAAAAGACAAGACUGCAGCAUUUUUUUCCCCAAUAGCAAUGCAAAACCCUGCAUUCAUUUUGCAGUUUUUUUUUGGUUGUUGUUGUUUUUUUAAAAUGGAUGAAUCUCAGCAAGAAUUGUCCCAAAAAACUCGGACAGAAAUAUUAAGUGCCCCGGUGUGUCUGCGAGAGCAUGCCAUCCAUCAUGCUGUACACUGGUCUCAAGUGAUGAACGACAACCUCCCAACAUGUGACAGGGCCGUGGACCUUGUGGAAAAUGAUUUGGGAAAUGCUCAAUAUAUUCAGUUUCCCAGUGCUUAGCUUUUCAAACUCGUAACCUGCAAACAAGGUGUCCAUUUGCAAUGUUGAUAUAGUGCAUUUAAAAUAAAAAAAAAAAAAAAAAAAUGCUCAAUUUUGUGAGUUUUUCCAGCUUCUGUGUUCAUUCCAUCACUGUUUUAGUGAUGAUACGAAGGGAAAGGUGUUCAGCUUAAAUGGCUUUCUGUAUUAGACUUUAGCGUGGAGAUAAUGUGGAUAGAGAUGUAUGUACAAUGUUGUGUACCAGACAAUACUGUAAAAUAAUAAAUUUAUUUACCUUUAAAA